AUGGCUAAAUUGGUUCAUAAUGUUCAGAAGAAACAACAUCGUGAGCGUUCUCAACUUAACUCUCGUGCCAAGCUCGGAUUUCUCGAGAAGCACAAGGAUUAUGUGAAGCGUGCUCAAGAUUAUCACCGUAAGGAGAAUACUCUCAAGAUUCUCCGCGGUAAGGCUAAAGAGCGUAAUCCAGAUGAGUACUACCAUGCUAUGACUUCUCGUAAAACUGAUACAGAUGGUCUGCUGGUCCAAUCUAGAGGUAACGAUGAGUCAUUAACAACAGACCAGGUCAAACUGUUAAAGACUCAAGAUAGUAACUAUGUGAGAACUAUGAGACAAAGAGAGUUGAAGCAAUUGGAUAAGCAAAAGAAGGAUUUGGCAUUCCAUUCUAGUGGUAAACACACGGUGUUCGUCGAUGAUAAAGCCGAAUUAGACGAGUUUGAUCCAGUAAAGUAUUUCAAUACAACACCAGAGAUGCUUCAUAGGCGGGAAAACAGAUUGACUAAGGAUCAACUGGCUCAAGAACAAUUAAUGGAUUCGUCUGAUCUAAUGCCCAAGGAGUCUCUAGAUAAAAAGAAACUAAAGAAGUACAAAUUGAUGAAGGACCAUCUGGAUAGAGAGGCUAAAUUGAAACAGGUAAAUCAUCGUAUGGAUAUGCAACGAGAGAUUAUGAAGAAAGGUGCAAAGAAGAAGACUGUAGAUGCGAAGGGGAAUGUGGCCUUCAAGUGGAAGAAACAGCGUAAGCGAUAA